CUCUGGGGGGGGGGGUCAGCAAAGGUUUCCCGCAGGAGCUGGUCCUGGUUUUGAACCUCGAAGGGAGUUGGAGGCUCCCAGAGGCAUUGGUGAGAGGGAGAGCCCCAGGCACGGGGACAGCCCGUGCAGAGAUGGAAUGCUGCGUCGGGAGCAGCCAGUAGGCCGCUAUGACUGGUGUUGAGUGUGUGGUGGGCAGAGUUGGCUAAUGUGAAACCAGCCUCUGAAGGCAGGCGUGAACCAGAUGGCAAAGGGUUUUCAAAAAUCCCCAGGAGCCCGGGCUCACUUCCUCAUCCCCACCGCAGUGGGGAGAUAGCUUCCAAGCGGGAAACAAAGAGGAUUUUAACUUUUUCUGCUAGUGGAGCCGGCCCGGCCCCUCCCGGUCACGCCUGGGGCCAGGAUACCAGGACCCCACCAGAGGCCGCGUGGGGCAAGGGGGCGAGCAGCGCUGUGGGGCUGGGAGCUGUCCACCCGAGCAUCUUUCAGCUCUGCUGACGGGCGGCCGCGGGAGGCGGGCUCGGUGGGCCGGGGAGCAGAAGGGGACCAACGUCACGUGCCCCCCCCCCCCCCGCGGCUCGGGCCGAGGGAGGCCGCAGUCUCAGCAGCUUGGCAGCUGCCACCUUGUCCCCGCUGUCCUUGGCCGUCCCGCCCGGGGCCCGGUGUCCUCCGGCCCCGCGGGGGACACAGACCCCGCCUCUGCUGCGACGUGGGCUCCUUUCCAGGCGCGCCUCCUGCCCAGAUCUGCUCCAUCCCGGUUCCAGCAUCUACGCCCUCCCUCUGACUUGGACCCUUGAACCCAAAUCCAACCAUGGCCAGAGGAGACGCCCCAGAGGACAGCUACCACCUGGUCGGGACCAGCUUCUUUAUUCUUGGUUUGGGGACCUUGCUGCCCUGGAACUUCUUUAUCACUGCCAUUCCGUACUUUCAGGCUCGUCUAGCCGUGGUCAAUGUCACAGGGGAGCCCUGUGAUGCCAACAUCACAAGCCCUGGGGAUGCAUUUAACUUCAACAACUGGAUGACCCUCCUGUCCCAGCUGCCUCUACUACUCUUCACUCUCCUCAACUCUUUCUUUUACCAGUGCUGGCUCUUUCUUAGUGGCACCCAGCUAUUUCUGGUCAUGCACAGUAUCCCAGAGAUGGUGCGCAUCCUCGGCAGCCUCCUGGGCAUUCUGAUGCUCUUCGUCCUGACUGCUGCACUGGUCAAAGUGGACAUGAGCCCUGAGCUCUUCUUCUCUAUCACCAUGGCCUCCAUCUGGUUCAUCAACUCUUUCUGCGCCAUCCUCCAGGGCAGCCUCUUUGGGCAGCUGGGGGCCAUGCCCCCUACCUACAGCACUCUUUUCCUCAGCGGCCAAGGCUUAGCAGGGACCUUUGCUGCUCUUGCUAUGCUGAUGUCCAUGGCCAGUGGAGUGGAUGCCCAGACUUCAGCCCUCGGAUACUUUAUCACCCCGUGUGUGGGAACCCUUGUCUCCAUUGCCUGCUACCUGUCCCUGUCCCACUUGGAGUUUGCCCGCUACUACCUGGACAAGAAGGUGUCCCACCCGCAGGCCUAUGAGUUGGAGACCAGGGCCGAGCUGCUCCAAGCUGAUGAGAAGAAUGGUUUUGCCGGGAGUCCCCAAAAAGCCAGGCUGGCCCUAGAGAUGGAGCCAGAGAAGGAGCCCAAGCUUGAGAAGGCUUCAGUCUUGGUCGUCCUCAGAAAGAUCUGGGUGAUGGCUCUGUGCAUCGUGUUGGUGUUCACCGUCACCCUGUCUGUCUUCCCGGCCAUUACUGCCAUGGUGACCAGCUCCAGGGGCCCUGGAAAGUGGAGCCAGUUCUUUAACCCCAUCUGCUGUUUUCUGCUCUUCAAUACCAUGGACUGGUUGGGAAGAAGUAUGACCUCCUACUUCCUGUGGCCGGACCAGGAUGGCCGCCUGUUGCCGCUGCUGGCCUGCCUGCGUUUUCUGUUUGUUCCCCUCUUCAUGCUGUGCCACGUGCCCGAGCGGUCCCACCUGCCCGUCCUCUUCCCGCAGGAUGCCUGCUUCAUCACUUUCAUGCUGCUUUUUGCACUCUCCAAUGGCUACUUGGUGUCUCUCACCAUGUGCCUGGCGCCCAGGCAGGUCCUGCCCCAUGAGAGUGAAGCGGCUGGAGCUCUGAUGACUUUCUUCCUGGCCCUAGGGCUCUCCUGCGGGGCCUCUCUCUCCUUCCUCUUCAAAUCCCUGCUGUGAGACAGCCCCAUUUCCUUCCUUGCCCUGCUUGGAUGGGGCUGGGAGCCUUCCAGGGGCUGUGAGGUUUGGGACUUGGGAGAGGAGAGAGCUGAGAAUGUGGAACAGGUCCUAGAUGGGCAACUGAGGAACAAGAAGCAGGCUGUGAGGACAGGCAGACUCCAUGGAGGGAUCUCAACACCUGUCCUCCACACCUGAUGGCUUCUUGGGAGGGAGCUGUUACCAGCCAAUGGCCUCCCUCGCUUGCCUGCCAAGAAAGGGCUGUCACUUGGCAGACUUUUAAUAGGCUGUUAAGGGGAAUGAAAGACCCCCAGCUUUUCCUGGUCCUGGGCAACCCUCCAAUAGCUCUCAAAAGGGGCUAUCUGACUGGUGGUUUAGGUGCUGACCUGCCCUGGAGGCAGGGGGAUGGACCAGAUGACCUGGGGAAGCUCCAGGUUUCUGUUGGGGAGCCCCUUGCCUUGGACAUUGUUAGACACAUCAUUGUAGGGAGCUCCUAGGUCAAGCCCUGGGGGAAGUUGGGAAUUUCACUGGGGAUCUUCCCUUUGGUAAAGUGAGCCUGUAGGUAGAGAGGGGAGGAAGUAAUGCCAAGUUUUGCCCUGAAUACCUUCCUUUCCCAUAGAAGCAUUACCAGUGAGGUCUAUGCCAAAGGUGAGCCUUGCUAGCUGCUGCUGGGAGCUGAGUUAGUGACUGGUGUGGUCACCACCUCAGACCCUGAGCUCAGGGGUGAGCUCCGAGGCCCCACUUCAGGGUUUCAGGGCCUGCUCCAGGAAGUCCUCAUUGCUCCAUCACUCCUGGGAAGGGAAGGGGUAACUCAAUCUGCAAGCCAUAAGGGCCUCCGAUGUGCCAGGCCCUGUGCUGGGCCCAGAGCCUGUCCUCAAGGAGCUUCCAUUCGGCAGGGAAAGAUCAGCGCACACUGGGGACAGAGUGCCAGAGACUGGUAGGGUUGGAGCUUUGCCAGUGACUCAGGGAAAAAGCAGCCAUGAUUGUCCAGAAGCCCUAUCGCCCCCCUGUGCUAGGCCCUGGCACCCUGGUCGCCUUGCUCCUGCUGCUGCCCAGUACACAAGGCUGCCUCCCUGGCCCUGGGAUCUGGAGAAGCUUCUGGAAGUCAGUCAGGCCUUCUAGUCGGUGCUGUCAUGCCUGCCAGAACCAGUUCCCUUUUUCUGCAGGAGGUGCCUUACCUUUGCCAGGCUGUGGCCUGAGAAGUCAGCAGCUGAGCAGGAGCUCAUUGCAAGCUCUCUUACACUUACACUUACACAGAGAGUUUUUACCUUCUCUCAAGGCACUUCUGCUAGCAUCUCAGAACAGCCUCUCCACUUCUGGGUGAGGCAGGCAUUGUCCCCAUUUGACAGAUGAAGAAACUGUAGUUCAGAGUGGGUAUGGGAGAAAAAUGGGGAGUUCAGCUCCUCAGAGAGCAGCAUUCCAUUCAAUUAGCAAACAUUUAUCAAGCACCUAGUAUAUGCAUGAAGGAAACACAAAGUUUAAAGAAAACAAGCCCCUGCACUUGGGGGUUUUAUAGUCCUGUUGGGGGAAUUAAGACACAAGCACAGAUAACCAAUCUGGGGUAAACAGCAUGUUCACAGAUAAUAUAGGAUAUAUGCAAGAUGAAGCUAGCGCUAGUGCAUCAGAGAGGGCCAGAGUGUUGGCUGAGCUGGGCAGCUGGGGAUCAGGAAGGACCCUGGACAGGGGCAUUGGCAUGUAACAGAAUAGGAAGGUAAGGAAGGCCAGCUAAGAAGGGAUGACCAGAUCCACCCAUAGGGAAGAAUAGACUAGGAGGCCCAUCACACAGUAGGAGCUGGGCCCUUUCCCAUGUGCUGGCUGCCAGGGGGCUCACCCAGCUCCUGCCCUCAGGGAGCUCACAAUCUAGAAGGAAGGUAGGAUCCCCUCCACAAAAGCUCCAACGUGACAGUGGUUAAGAGGCACCUGGUGCCUGGUGCUCCACACUGGGGACUGCAAGCACAGGGUCUGCCCUCCAGUAAAGCAGAACAGUAACAGACAUGAAGGACAGAGCAGAGAAGGAAGGAGAGGUGGAGGGCCCUCGCUCCAUCAGAAAAGUACUUCUAACAGUGUGGACACAGGGGCCCAGGGUCAGUCUGGGAAUGGUGGGCUUGGUCAUCUGGAAGGGAAGGCCAUAGCUGGGGUGGAGGCUUGGAGGCUGAGGGAGGCUUUCUGGGGGGCCAGGGGAAUGGAACAUACCAGGGGAGGGGAAAUUUUAGCUUUUAGCCUCGAAUAAGUGAUGUCCCUCUCUGGUCCUCAGUUUACCCCACAAAUGAGAAAAGGCAGCUUGGACUCUGAUUUUGAUGGCCCCCAUGUGAUUGGGGAGUCUAUACCCCAGGCUGGGCUUCCCCCCUUCUUUUCCCCCAAGGAGCCCCAGGUCAGCUACCCCAGAACUUCUGGAGAGAAAUGAUGUUUGGUGUGGGCAAUAAAUGGUUUACUUUUUACAUCA